AUGCGCCCCAGUCAUGUCAUCGUUAUCAUUCUAGUCUUAAUACCUGUAUUCGCCCUCGCCGUAUAUAGAUUGGGCACCCACCUCGUUAUUGUGUUCUACCACAACGUAGCGAUGAACAAAAUGAUGCUAGAAACACGUGAAGUAGAGGAAGCUGAAGCAGCUCAGGCAGUCAACCCACCUUCUAAUCCUCAGCCAGCACAACCAAUCCAGCCGGCGAAUGCACCCGCCAACGGACCGCUUGCUAAUAACGGGCCGCCAGCGAACGCACAACCGGACAAUGCAGCGCAAGCAAACAACCAGCAGCCAGCAAAUGGGAAUGCAAACGAGAAUGGCCACGGAAAUCCAGCCAACGGGCCACCAGGAAAUGGACAACCGCCUACCAGGAAUCCGGAAAACGGGAAUGGACAAGGGAAUGGGAAUUAA